UUUUUUGUUCUAAACUUUUAAUCGCUGCUUAAAGUAUUUUAUUAUUGCUAGACGCAUUAUAACUGCUAGUUAUACUUGUACGACUAUAGCCUAUCUUAUGUGCUGAAACUAUCCUAUCAUGUUCUUUGUUUACGUCGUCUAGCAUUACUACAAUUCGCCCCUAGCCAAGAGACUUAGUGUGACACUGUGACCCCUGAAGCAUUUCAUUUCAGCUUGUGCCAAUCUUUCUUUUAUUAGUUGGGCGUAUCUUGAAGACUGCUGUCGACGCGGUGACGCAUCUCGAAGACCACUGGCGACGCAUCUUGGCCCUUGGGUACUGCCGGCAACGUUAUUGGUCUAAAAAUGCAAAAAUUGGCGACGCCCUCACCAAACAUUGCACCCUUCUGUCCCGGUGCGUCAUAUAUUUUUGGCCAAUUAUCUCAUACAAUUCACUGGGACGAGUAUUUGGAGUACAAAAAAGCAGGUGAGCUUCUCUCCAAAGACGCUCAAAUCACUCCCAGCAUUAAUCGCAAGGUGGUUUGGUUUACCCUAAAUAUCAACCCAGAACCAAAUGAACACAAUAAAUACGGGAACGUGAGCUUUUAUAUAUCCAUGGAGAAGUUGGCUGUGCGUUUUGCCUCAUAUUAUCUUCCGAAAAGUUUCAAUUUAUUGGACCGCAAUGAUGGACCGAACGAGGAAUCCUCGUCAUGGCUUCUGUGGACGAGAGAGACGAUCGGCUCGCUUGCGGUUGUUGACUUGAACAGCAGCUUCAGUCCCCUACAGUUUUCCUCGGGGAAAUGGAUUUAUAAUUCCAAGUACAACUUCAACCUUCCCAGCCUUGAGAUUGCUCUGGAUGUUACCGGCAUGAACAUUAACAACUAUCUUCGCUCAUUGUACGAACAAUCCAUCGUGGUGGCCGUUAAUCAUUGCGAUGCCGUUGGCGCCGCGGCUGACCAAGCGCUCCUAACCACGCACCGGAACGCGUGCCAGAGCUACAACUUCUACGGACAUGCAUGUCCGACUCCGUACUCGAAGUUCGAAACCUAGAAUAAACUUAUGGGACGGUACUGAUUAGUUCCAAGAUUAUUUAAGGAUUCAACAUUGCUUCUGAUUUGUGUAUCAAGUUUGAGAAAAUACGUAAAAGGAUAGGAGUACAAUGUGUCCUAAUAGUUUUUAUUCAAGUGGAAUUAUUUUCUUCUUAACUUAGUAAUAAAUUAUGUCUCAAAUAACACGUCGUCAGUCUUGUAUUCACUGAACUUGAUUUUUAGUUGUAUUCUUGGAAAUCUAUAAUACACCAUCGAUCAUAAUCGCGCAUGGAAAAGUAGCGAAGACAGAUCACCAUAGCCGAUAAUACGAAUGUUGCGGUCGCAUUAUUUACAAAUAAAAUUGUUGAGGCCAUUGUA